GUGAAACGGCCAUUCUCAAGUGAAUAUGCCUACGAGAUUGGUGGAGGGCGCAAAUUUCCACGUAGCGCUGAUAAAUCGAAAGGCCUACGACAUUUCAGUACCAAAGUGUGCGAGAAAGUGAAAGAAAAAGGACAAACGAACUACAAUGAGGUGGCCGAUGAGUUGGUUGCGGAAUAUUUUGAUUCAGCAGAUGUUAUACCUGCAGACGUUGAGAAACAACAGUAUGAUAUGAAAAAUAUCCGUCGCCGUGUCUACGAUGCAUUAAAUGUUUUAAUGGCGAUGAAUAUAAUUGAGAAAGAGAAAAAGGAAAUUCGUUGGGUUGGACUGCCCACAUCGUCUGUGCAGGAAUGCCGGAAGUUGGAAGAAGAGAAGGUGAAAAGACAUGAACGAAUCCGACAGAAAACUGAUCAACUUCAGGAACUUAUUUUGCAGCUUGUAGCUUACAAGGCACUGGUAGAACGAAAUCGUGCACUGGAGCGAAAGGAGGGCCGUCCACGAGAAGACUCGAUACUCUAUUUGCCUUUUAUUGUUAUUAACACAGCAAGGAAAACGUUUAUCGAUUGCGCCAUCUCAAACGACAAGUUUGUUUUAGCCAUACUAGUCGAUAUGCUGUCUGGCUCUUAA